AUGCCUUCACCAACCUUUUCGCAAUCGCAACCAAGUUCAAAAGCCAACACUAACAAUGAAUUAGUGUUCGAAGUGGUAGUUCCACCCUCGCCUACCGAGACGGCUACUCACCAACCGUUGAGGACCCGUACAAAACGUAUCAAUUGUAAUCAUACAAAUGGAAGGAUUUUUUGGAUUCCAGAAG